GAGCUCUGCAUGCCUGCUACUGAGGAUACCUGCAUAGUGUAAACACACCUGCUCCCUCUGAUGGACUUAAAAUGAAUUUAAUGUGCACCUAAAGGAGUCUGCUGGCUGCUGUCAUCAUCAAAUAAAGCUGCAGUGUCCAGUGACAUGAAACUCAAUCCGCAGCAAGCUCCAUUAUAUGGGCAGUGUGUUAUCACAGUGCAGCUCAGUGAUGAAGAGCUGGCUGCGGAUGAGGAGGGCGUCGACUACUUCCUGCUGUUCGCUGGCAGCACGCAGAGACACCUGACCAGCACCCUAAGGAGCAGUCAUGACACCUUGCAGGCGUUGUGUCCUGCCCAUGACUGCUGUGAGGCGGUGUUGGUCACCCUGUGUUCAGUCUGCCGAGGUGUGUCCGAGGACCCCGAGGACCUACAGCCCUGCCUGGGUCGCCUGGCUCCGUUGGCCGAGCAUCGAUUCACCUUUGUCCAGGAUUUGGCUUUUGACAUGGCCCAGUUCCUGGUGAGCACAGCGGGCCGGGCUGACGGCCUCGACGGGGCGCUGCUUCUGGAUGAGUGUCAGAUUCCCCUGCUGGAGUGUGAACGUCUGGAUGAGAGCUUGGCACUGGCCCUCCACCACCUCGUACUGCCUGCAGGAUGGAGCUUGCUGGGGAACAAACCUGCCAACAAUACUGACCUGGAUCCUCAGGAGACCCUGCUACAUUUUUCAGCACGUCGGGGACUCUUUCGGGUCACGCACUUCUUGCUGCGGCAGCCUGGAGCGAGAGAAGCCCUGCGACUGGCCAACAGACAAGGCCACACCCCCGCCGCCAUUGCAGAACAGCGUGGACACACUCGCCUCCAUGAGUUCCUCACACAGGUUGAGACGGACACAGAGACGGACAUAGGAACUGGGACUGUCCAGCCGGCCUCUACAGACGCCAGGGUAGUUUGCAACCUCCCAUUGCUGAACACACACACUCUGACGCUGAGCAUCAAACCCGGCCGUGACCCUUCGACCCUUCAGAGGAGUGUUGAGCAGCUGCUGCACCUGAUAUGUCAUCUCCAUGCCAAGGGAGUUUCUGAACUGGAGCUGCAGUUUGAUUCUCUACACACAGCUGCUGAAUGUUGUGACGGUGUAGAAACAGAGAUAACCUGUCUGGAUCGACUACAGCCGCCUGCUACAGCAUCGGAGUGCCUGGAUACAACAACUCAAGGGAGCUGGCAAGAAAACUGCUCAGUGGAAAGCAGCUGUAGUGUUGAUUAUGGACGUGAUGAAACUGGGAAUGCAGAAAAAGACCGGAGUUUGUCUGUGAGUACUCCGACGUCCCAAGUACGCCCCCAGGAGCAUGGCCUCGGGCCCCCAGAGGAUUGGGUGUGUCUUAAUUCAAACACUGAGAAAGAUUAUUGCCAAACGGAGGAGGAGGGAAGCAAGCAGCCUCUUAUUUCCACCCCUAUUUUGAGUUUGUGUGACAGCAGUGAAGAAGCACAGAGUGAGGCAGAAGCAGGGAACCUCACUGUGGGAACCCUACCACCAGGAGACUGUGGUAAACAGACAGAGGAAACUGAUAGAGGAGAGGCUGUGAUCCGGGAAGGACAGGAGGCCACAGAAAGUGAAGAUAGAUCUGAGCAGGAAACAGAGGACGGCACAGCAAGGAGGAGAGAGGAGGAGACCGAGUCAACAGAUUUAAUAACGCCCAGUGGAGACACGAUAGUUUCAGACAUGGGCCAAUCCCCUUCGUCAGAAGGCGCUGAGGCCUCGGACAACUGUGACUCUGAAGUGAAGGAGUGCUGCCAGGAUGGAGAGAUUGCAGAAAAAGAGAUGAAACAUGACCAAGAACUUUGUGCUGCACUCACUUUAGAGGAGAGAGUUGAGAGGGAAGGGUUAACAGACCCUCUAUCAACCCCGGGGGACCUCCCCAACCCAUCGCUGAUAGACCAUGAUGAUGUAAUCGAGGAGUCAGAAUCUGCUGUUCCAUGUCUCUUGAUAGAAGGCCUCCAUGAGGGGGAACCUCCACCAGACACAAACAGCCUGGAACAAAACCAGGAAACAGCUGGUAGGGAUUACGCUAUAGAGCAGCAGCGGGGCUCAGCUCCAGAAACUGGGAACUGUACUGAAGGAACGAUCGGUAAAGAGCUGGAUGGUGAAAACACAGCUGAACCUUCUGGAUACAAUGUAGAAAGUACAAGUUUUUCUAUGGACGAACCUGACAAAACUGAAGGAACAUCUGCAAUAAAUACAGCGGUUUUUCAGACUGCUGGUAACUCAGCGGAAGAUACACAGACAGAUUCAGUAGACUGCAACCCACCACCUGAAACGAUGCCUAGCUCCAGUGAAAGACACGCUGACCUUGAUUCUGGGAUGACCCACAGCCUCUCCAGCGAUGAUGAUGGCAGUUUCCGAUCAGUUGGCAGCUCCACAACAGACAUAUUCCACCCGACUCAGGAAAAUGCAACCGUUGAGGAGCAGGACUUGAUUCAAACUGAGAUAGCUGAACUGGCCUCUUCAGAAUUCAAUAUGGAGCAACCAAAUGAUUCAAAACCUGGUGAAAGCAGUGAACAUUCACUAACCAUGGACACUGUGGAGCCUGGUAGUGUCAGUGCUUUGACAGUGACAGACUGCAGCCAGCCUGGCACUGAGCCUGAAGCACAACUGUCACCCGGCCUGCAAACAAUGGAGGCUUUGAAUCCUGAGGGGACAGAAGAAAAACUUGCCCCAGAGCUUCCCGAAAUGGAUCUGUCAUUAGGUUCAGCACUGUCAGAGAGUGGAGAUGAUCCAACAUUGAAGGUUGUUCAAAGUGAAACUGGAGAGGCCAACGACUCUGACCCAAAUGCAGACAUUGAGCAUUCUGCAUCAGAGGUCACCAACAGAGUCUUAUGUGAAUCCAGUCCAUCUGCUACAGAGGAGGGUGAAGUGAUUGGUCUAGCUGAAGGAGAGGCUGAGCCCACAGAGACAGAUGAUAAAUCUGUGGUGGCCUCAACAGAGGAGAGUGGUAAUGUGCAAUUUGCUCUACAGCAACACAAACAAGAUACUGCAGAGAUGACAGCCGAUGAAAGGACACCUGACGAGGGAUUAAGGCACUCUGUAGAUGUCACAUCAGUGGGAGCGGAAUCGCCUCUUCUGAACAAUGAAGCAUCAAGUGAGCCACAUGUUGAGAGUGAGAUGACGGAAAAUCCAAUGACUCUCGACGCAGUGGAUGGAGCCUCAGAGGGCCACGGCAGUCCAAUCCAAGAGGAGGAUAUCAUCAUGUCAGAAGACUCUGUAAUUGCUGCAGAGGAGGAAGAAAAUGGCCCAGCAGAGGAAACAGGCUUCUCCACGAUCCACCGAGACACAGAGGCGUCUUUCCAUCAGCCUUUCAACACUCAACACUCAGGUUCCUCACAGUCUCCAGCGUUGCCCAGUAGGACCGGCCGUGCCACCAGUUGUCCCACCAGUCACAGAGACUCCGGCAGUGACAUAGAAAGCUUCCUGGGUGCGGAGCCGGGAUAUGACAGCGUUUUCAGAAAGAGUGACGAACCAGUGACAGGAGGAGAUAGUGCCAGCGAGGUUUCCGUCUCCUGCUCCUCCACAGACGACACCGCCAGCGUCGGCCCGUCCAGCUCCAGUCCCGAGGGUAGCCAGGGCCUGGGUUGCAGCUGGAGCCCAGAGGAGUGCAUCCAGACUGGGGCUCCCAUCACUUCAGACGGAGGUGGAGGAGCGGGAGACGCUGAGGACGAGGCCAAAGACAGAGUGACAGAGGUGCCGAGGCGCUCGUGUCUCCUGCGGAACAGCAUCCGCUCCCUGUCGCCUCUUCGCCGCCACAGCUGGGGUCCUGGAAAGAACAACGGAGGAGACGCAGAGAUGAACCAAAGGAGUUCCAUCCGUAGCCCUGGUGAGGGCAAGCCGACCUUUCACAGGAGAAGCUACAGCUUGGAGGGGCUCAGCGGGGGCCAAGAGGAGCUGAGGAGACCCACCACCCAAGGGCCCCGAAUCCUCGAGCCUUUAAGGAUGCUCCGGCACGACAGUGAUGAUAGAGGCUCCCUGGUAUCUCUAACCGAGGAGCAGGAAGAGAUGGAGGAGCACAGCAGACUAGACAGCCAGAAGUCAAGGCGGUAUCGACCUCUGCGCAACAGCUGUCCUCCUAUGACCCUGCCCCUCACUAAGUCUGUAUCCAUGCUCGCCAUCAGCCAGAGAGACAUUGAUGGUAUGAAAUCGUUUUCUAGCACCUCUGGAUCACUAGCAUACAGUAUAUCAGAGGAGGAGCCCGGCCCUCUACGGAGUGACACUGAGGGAAAGAAUGUGACGAAAGUCAGCCGGACCUUCAGCUACCUCAAGAACAAGAUGUACAAAAAGACCAGGGAAAAGGAGCGAGACAAACGGGACAAAGACAAGGAGGGAAAGGAGAAGGACAAGAAAACGGUGAAUGGUCAUGUAUUCACACCAGUCAGCUCAGGCCAGUUACUCCAGUGCUCCCAUUGCAAUAAGGCUUUUAACAAUAAGGAGGCUUUCCAAUGCACACACUGUAAUGCUUCCGUCCACAAGGGCUGCAGGGACAGUCUGCCUGUUUGCGCCAAGGUGAAGAUGAAGCAGUUUGCAGUACCAGAUUCAAGCUCUUUCUCCACAGUCACAAUGAGGAACAAAUCUGGUGGGACAAGAGAACGUCCUUGGUCAGCCAUCUUGUCCCCAGAAGAUCAUUCUUCACUGAUUAUCCCAUCAUCACGGAGACACACAAGUAUCAUGGCCUUCCACGGCAACAACCUGUCCAAGAGUCUCUCCAUAAGCAACAUUGCUGGUCCGGUGUUUGAUGAGAUGCCCAUCAAAGGCCUGCGAUAUCUUUCCCAGUCUACUGACUCCCUCAACAGAACCAACCAGGUCACAGAGUCCAUGGAAUCGCUCACUGAUGAAGGAACAGAGAUGAUGGACGGGCAGCUGAUGGGGGAAUUUGAGGCAGAGGCCAAGGAGCUGGAAGCUGACUCAUGGAGUUUAUGCGUUGAACAGCACUACAUGCAGCAGUUGGACAAAGAGCUGGUGAAGAGACAGGACAUCAUUUAUGAGCUGAUGCAGACAGAGAUGCAUCACAUCCGGACAUUACGCAUCAUGUCAGAAGUCUACAGCAAAGGCCUGCAGAAAGAGGUGCAGCUGGAGUUACAGACAUUGGAGAGGCUGUUCCCAGCUUUAGACGAGCUCCUGGACCUCCACACGCAGCACCUCCUCCGCCUCCUGGAGAGGAAGAGGGAGAGCCAGCUAGAAGGGAGCUUUGAUGGAAGCUUCGUUAUCAGUAGGAUUGGAGACAUCCUGGUCAACCAGUUCUCAGGAUCUAAUGGUGAAAGCAUGAAGAGAAUUUAUGGGAGAUUCUGCAGUCGUCACAGCGAAGCCGUCAACUUCUACAAGGACCUCCUGAACAAAGACAAGCGCUUUAAGGCCUUUAUCAAAAAAAAGAUGACUUGCAGCAUUGUGCGGAGGCUUGGUAUCCCAGAAUGCAUCUUGUUGGUGACCCAGAGGAUAACAAAAUACCCGGUGCUGAUUCAGAGGAUGCUACAGCACACUAAAGAGGGCGAGGAAGACUACGACGACCUGGCAGAUGCUGUGCGGCUCGUGAAGGAGGUGAUCGCCGCGGUCGAUUGCAAGGUGAACGAGCACGACAAGAGGCGCCGACUGAAGGAAUUUCACAGCCGCAUGGACAGCAAGUCCAUUAUGAUGAUGAAGAGCGGUCAGAUUUUUGCCAAGGAGGAUCUGCUGAGGAGGAGGCUGAUCCACGACGGAGCGCUGCAACUGAAGAACAGCCAGGGGAGACAAAAGGAUGUCCACGCUUUGCUCCUAUCAGACAUCUUCGUCUUCCUCCAAGAGAAGGACCAGAAAUAUGUCUUCGCCAUGCUGGACCAGCGCUCCACUGUUCUCUCCCUCCAGAAGCUGAUUGUUCGGGAGGUCGCGAACGAAGAGCGCGGCCUCUUCCUCAUCACAGCAGGCAUUGAGAAACCGGAGAUGAUGGAGGUCCUGGCCAGCUCGAAGGACGAGCGCAACACCUGGAUGCAGCUCAUCCAAGAAGCCAUGCAGUCUUUGGAGAAGGAUGAGGAUGAAGGGAUUCCCAGUGAGACGGAGGAUGACAAGAGACAACUGGAGACUAAAGCCAAAGAGAUGAGAGAUAUGUUGAGACAGAAGGAUACUGAGAUCAUGUCCCUGCUGGAGGAGAAGGUACGGCUCUUCAGGGGAAUGUGGGAGGGCUUGAACUCAGGCGAGGAGCCUUGCAGGCAGGUUGAGCCUUUCUUCAGAUCAGCCAGCGGCCUGGAGCCGCCUAGGGGAGCGUCCAUCAUGAAGGAUGCCCUACAGGAAGUGGAAACAUUACAGGCACUGGUGAAUGGCAGCCUGGGCGGCGCGAUGGCCAGUGUCCAGGAGGGAGGAGGAGCGGGACCUGUGUGUUUGCCCCGUCGGGCUGAGACCUUCGGAGGCUUCGACAGUCACCAGAUGCACAGCAGUAAGAGUGGAGACAAAGACGAGAGCGAAGAUACGAUGGGAGAUCUGCGCAGGACGGAGUCCGACAGUGUUUUAAAGAAGGUCAUUACUUCUAAAUUAAACCAACUGAACAAAAGAGUAGCACUUGAUGAACAUUGCAUACUGGGCAUGAAGCCAAAUUUCAGAGACAAUUCAGCAGUAACCAAAGGAGGAAACGCCAACCUGCUGCUGCUGCUGAAGAGGAACAGUGAGCAGGUCCUCAACAGUGUAUCCAAUCUGCAUCUGCUGCUCAGCAGUCUGCAGGCGGUGGUGGUUCAGCAGGACAGUUUCAUAGAGGACCAGCGGCAGGCCCUGAAUGAGCGCUCAUCCUCCUGCACGUCUUUAUCGCGGCCGUCCUCACGGCCCAGCUCUCUGAUUGAACAGGAGAAGCAGCGCAGCCUGGAGAAGCAGCGGCAGGAGCUGGCAUCCCUGCAGAGACAGCAGUCAGCUCAUGCUGAGGAGAAGAGAAGAAGGGAGAAGGACUGGGAGAUCAGGGAACAGCACCUGGCUGAGAAGGAGGUGCAGGUGCACGUACAGGAGGAGGACAUCUCAAAGCGGCACAAAGAACUGGACGAGGAGAAGCGGGAGCUGAUGAGCAAGAAAGAGGAAUACCAGAGAGAUUUGGAGAGGCUCAGAGACGCCCAGAGGAAGCUGGAGAGGGACAGGGAGGCCGUGCAGCGGCAACUCGAGAAGAUGGAGGAGCUCCGUCUGGCAGAGCGGACUCCCUCUACGACGUCGGAUGAAUCCCAGUUCCCCGGCAGCUCCCAGUCUCUGGAGGUGGACCCACUGGAGCUCUCCUCCUCCUCUUCCUCCUCCCUGCCGAGGCUGCAGCCCCAGCGGCCCAAGCCCAAAGGGAAAGGCCUCAAUCCCUUUACCUCAUCUUCCACCAACCUCAAGGGCAGCGAAGCUAACAACCAGAUCUCAAAGAGCCUGCUGCAGCUGGCCAAGAACAAGAACAAAGACAGCAAGGAGAAGAAGAAGAAGAAGGGCAAAGGAGGGAGCGUACAGACUGCAGACCCCUCACACCUCCCAGAGCCUCCUAUGGAUGGAGAGAUCUUCUUCUGCUGAGACAAGUGGCUCCCUUUUCCUCCUCCUCAUCCUUUUAGACCCAUCACGCCUAUUUGACUUCCAGAGGAUUUAUUGUGUUACUGCCAAGUAGUAACACAAUAAAGAGACUUUUACAUAGCUGAUUGUAAUGUAGAGCAAUUUAACAAUACAUGCAAAAAAUAAAAAAGACAAAAAAUGUAUGUUCAGUUCAGAAUGGCACCACUGCUUUUAGUUUCUGGAAAAUAGAUUUUCAGUGGAUCUGUUUUGGUGUGCAAGUAGGCAUACUUGCACUAUAUAAAAAAGAAGGAAUGUGGAAUGGCAGUGCACUUUGAUGUAUUGUCUGUCCAAAAACUCUGUUUCCUUUUCCAAAGAUGUGGUUAAAAUUUCUUCAUCCUUAAGAAUUGUACAUUUCUUGACAUCUCAGUAUCAGAUUGAAAGCAUUUCACAGCGGAUUGCCUCACAAGCUCCACCAAGUAUGUCACGGGCUUCACUGCCUCCCUGUUUCCAUGUUUGUUAUGGCCCCAGCUAGCCCCCCUUUUCAGCCGUCAGUCUCACACAAACAGACCGUUUCAACCAGAAAUAUGUUAAUUUACAGAUGCGGGGUCCUGUCCAUGUGACCGCACACAAAUAGAUAUA